AUGGGGAAUGCGGUGUGGGAUUCCAUUGUGGAGGGAAUGGACGCCAUUCAAUGGAGUGAUUCAUCCCAGAAAAAUUUCUCCAACCGAAGGAUCAUCAAGGGCGGCAUUCGGAAAUUUGCAGACAGCGCGGUGAAGGAGGAGGGCGAGGAGAGCGAGCGAGACGAGCUGAAGGCGACAUGGGAAGCCUAUGAUAAGGAGGAUUCAGACGAAGUUAAGGAAAUCAUUGGCCGGAAGAGUGAUUUAAACGACGAGUUGCGUGAUUCGACAGAUACUGAUUGCCUCAUCUUAGCAGUAGAUAACGCUGCACGGCGUUCGCUGCGGUUUUAUGGCAAAAAGCGGGCUGAGUCAGACAACAACAAGCUCCAUUGGUUUGGUAAACUAAUGCAUCAGACGUUCAAUUUCUUGCAACCUCAGAUGGCGCUCAUAGAAACAGAUGCGACCGCUAAAGCCAAGCACCCCCAUUUUGCAGUUUGCUUCGGCACGUCCCGGAUGAUUACUCUGCUACUGAACCGUGGGGUCAGAACUGACGCUUGCGACAAGGAUGGCAACAACCCUCUGACCUAUAUGACUGCGGCCCAGCAACAUGAUCUGAUCGACGAGAUUAUCACCAUCGCCCAUUUACUGUGCUCGCAAGGUUCCAAGCCUAAGACAUCGGGUGCUUGUCUGCGAAAUCACGCCGGGGAACUGCUGGCAGUACUAGAAUACCGGCACAAGUGCUACCUCCUAUUAAUGUUGAUCCCGUCGGAAGUGAUUAAGGAGGAGAAGCCGCCGUCGCCUUUUACGUGAAUGCUCUAACUGAAACCGCAGAUGAUCAACUUACUAGGCGUUGUAAGAUUUGCGUCAAUGGACCUAGUACUUAAG